UAUCAUAUUAUAUAAUAUAUUUAUUUUUAAGGUAUUUGGCUAGAAGGCUUAGUAAGAAAACAAAAUGUGAACUUUGUUUGUCAGGAAUUAAAAAUAAUGAAAGUAUUAAUAACUUACCUGUAGCUAAGUUAACAAAUCUUAAGUCUCGUGGUUAUUUGACACAACCAGAUAGUGGCUUUUAUAUUUUGCUAAGACAACUUGAAAAUUAAUUUGCUCUUAAUGCUCAAAGCCCAAAUGCUUUUGAUGAUACUAUAAACCAUUUUUUUAAUAAGAAUUAUUUAAUUCCUUUUCCUUGUGAUGAACAUGAACAUGAAAUAAUUCAGUUUAUUUUUGUGUCAUAUUUAACCAUGCGAAUGAGACAAUUCACUUGGAUGAGCAAUAAACAAACAAAAUUAACGAAUAAAGUGAAGAAAAAAUUGUCAAAAUUAGUUCCUCAUUAAUUAUUUUAAAACUCUAAAAAAUUUUUGUAGUAUUUAAUAUUUAGUUUGCUAUUAUGAAGAAUAUAAAAAUUAUAAACCAAGAGAACAAAUUACUAAUUACAAAUCACACUAUAAAAACUCAAUUUUAACUUUUAAAUUUAAAUAUGAACAUAGAAUAAUGUAACGUAUGAAUAAUUAUAAUAUUAUGGUAUAGAAUAAUAAGUAAUUUUUAUGUGGAAACACUGCCUUAGUUCAUAUACAAUGGAUCACAGAUCUAUGUAUAUGAUCUAAGCCGCAGUCGAAGGACUACGACUCAAAAUAAACAUUGAUAAGAUGUAUCGUUGCGUAUCCAAUAUAUUAAUCCGUGUAUGUCCGGAGAGGAAGAAGUUUUAUCGAAAAGAGUCACCAGUGUGCUGGAAACACAUUUAGAAAGAGACAAGGAUGCACUAGAAGCAUUAAAGGAAAUAUCAGAGUUUUAUACUCAAAAUACAUUAGAAUGUAGAAGAGGAUUAAGGACUAAAAUAGAAAAAAGAAGUAUUGCAUUAAAUGAAAAUUUUCUGGCAUCAUUUGAAAAAGUCAAAAAUGCAGUAAAUAUUUUACACGACAAUGUAAAUUCUUUGAACACAGCUGUUGUGUCCAUGUCAUCUCAAUUAAAAGAUACUAAAAUUGACACUCAGAAUUUAAUUGAACUUACAAAACGAUUACAACUUGAAAGGAAAAAUGUGUGUAAUCAACAAUUAUUAGCAGAUGCAUACUCAAAAGCAUUUCAGUUAAAUCCUUCUGAGGUGGGUGUCCUAAGAUCUAAUGUUGUAACCCUCGAAUUUUUUAAAGCUUUACGUAAAACCCAAAAUAUAAGCAAUAAUUGUAGAGUUCUGAUGCAAACUGGUCAUCAAACAUCAGCACUUAGCUUAAUGGAACAAAUUUCUACUCAUCAGCAAAUGGCAAUGGAAGUAUUAUACAGAUGGAGUCAGUUAAAUUGUAAGGAUAUAGAGUCUACUGCUACUGGUCCGCUGCUCGUUCUUGCCAUGGAAGUGUUGCAAGAUCGACCAGUAUUGUUUAAGUAUGUAUUAGAAGAAUACUGUACAGUAAGACAAGCUGCAAUUGCUCAAAGAUUCAUUGAUGCUCUUGCAGCAAAUAAUUCAAAUGAUACAUCAUUGAAAACAUUUUCAAAAGAUAUACGACAGUACAUAAAUAAUAUGCUAUCUUGGUUGAUUGACCAUGUUCCUAUGGAAAGAAAAUAUCUGACUUAUCUGUUGAAAAACUGUGAUAAAUUAAAUGUCGAUGAAGAAAUAGCAACAUGUAUGAGUAGUAUAACUGAAAGCUUAUGCAGCCCAUUAGCAUCUCGUGUAGAGAGUGUAUUGCACAUGAAUGAAAAUCCUAUUGAUAUAUAUGGUGUUGCUAGUUCACUUAAAUUUUAUCUUCAAAUUGUUAUUAAAACAGUUCCCAUUGGACAACUCUGUCAAACAAUUGAGGAGUUGCAUAAAACUAUGGAAUGUGUGUUUUUAAACAAAUUGCAAAAUUUGGUUAGAGAUACUCUUUUAGAACGUAUUGAAGCACCACCUUUAGAUCUGUCUCCAUCUCCUGGUAUUGGUCAGUUGUUGAAUAUCCUUAGGCAAGUGUUAUCAGUAGCUGCUGUUACAGAAGAUAAACAAGAAGACACAUCCAUGAUAGUUUCUUGUGUCUUAGAACCAUUACUUCAAGCUAUUAAUUUGAGUGCUUCUAGACUAACGCCAUUAGACAUGGCCGUAUACCGUCUAAAUUGUUUGCAUAACAUACAUGAGACAUUAAAACAGUACCAAUAUGUUGAAGACAAACUUGAAAAAUUACAAGCUCAUAUGACUGCACAAAUAGAGACUGUAUCUACUGAACAAGCCAAUUAUCUUGUUACACAUUUAAACCUAGAGGACAUCCAAACAAUCUUACGAGGCCAAGGAGCAAACAUUCCAUUAUCUCAGAUCCAAGGAAUGGAAGCAGAAAAUUUGAUAAAUUUUUUGAGUAAGUUAGAAAGUAUGUUGGUCAUGCCUGAUUCUAUAGCAGUACCGCAAAUUGGUUAUCUAAAAAAUCCUUUGCAUCUAAAUAAGAUUAGACGACAAUCAAAUGAAGUGAUUUCAGCUGUUUACAAACAACUUUAUGACCAUGUGCACGAUCCUACCAAUGAAUAUGAUGAUCCAUCAUCACUGAUGCCAAGAACUCCUCAACUUGUGUAUCAGAUUUUAGUCAAUGAUGAAAAACCAUCAUAAAAAUUAAUUUAGUUAUUAUACUUACAAUUUAAUUAUAAACAUUUAUUUAUUACAAGUUACAAAAUUAA